GUGUCCAUUUUCUCUAACUAUUUAUAACACCUCUUCCUCCAACUUAGUAAACACACCAACACAUUUCCCAUCAUCAUCUUCUUCUUCUCCGAUAGGAAACUUUCAGUUCUCACCCCCCAAAAAAAUGACCAACCCUAAAGUUUUCUUCGAUAUGACCGUCGGAGGCCAACCCUCUGGCCGUAUUGUCAUGGAGCUUUACGCUGAUACCACUCCUCUCACCGCUGAUAACUUCCGUGCACUCUGCACCGGCGAGAAAGGAGUCGGCACUAGCGGGAAGCCUCUUCAUUACAAAGGCUCUUCCUUCCACCGUGUGAUCCCGAAUUUCAUGUGCCAGGGUGGUGACUUCACGGCUGGAAACGGAACCGGAGGAGAGUCCAUUUAUGGAGCCAAGUUCGCCGAUGAGAAUUUCAUCAAGACGCACACCGGUCCUGGAAUUCUUUCCAUGGCGAAUGCGGGUCCCGGGACGAAUGGAUCUCAGUUUUUUAUCUGCACUUCUAAGACGGAGUGGCUUGAUGGGAAACAUGUUGUUUUUGGUCAGGUGGUUGAAGGAAUGGAGGUGGUGAAGGAGAUUGAGAAAGUGGGGUCCAGCUCCGGGAAGACCUCGAAGCCGGUGGUUAUUGCAGAUUGCGGCCAACUCUGAGCUUAUAAAACAUAACAUGCAUGAUGAUGUUUCAGCUAUAGUUAUUAUCUGUUUUUGUUUUCGUUUGUUUAAUUUCUGUACUGUUUUGCUUUUGUGUUAGUGUUUGUUCUACUACUAUCUUUGGUUGAAACUCGGUGCUUUAAUUUAAAAAUACAAAUAAUAGAUAAUUCUUGCUCUUUC